AUGGCCGGAAAGAAAGUGAACCUCUCCUUGAUCCCAAAUGAGGAUGAAAGGAGAAGCGCCUACCAGGCAUGGAAGAAUGACCUAAUGAAGGAGGCCGAGAAGCUGACCGCCUCGUGUGGAACUGAGGCUUGUGCUGUCAUUUUGGAUCCUCUCAGUGAUGAAGUGGACGCGGUUUGGCCCUCCAACAUGGGGGCUCAGCAAGUGAUCACAAGGUUCAAGACGACGAUUGAGUUGGAGCAAGCCAAAUCCAAGCAGAACCAGGAGAGUCUCACUUCCAAGAAGGUCAUCGACAAGGUGGAAGAGAAAUUGACCGAACAUGUGGAGGAGAACAGGGCUAAGGAGAUGCAUCGCACGAUGAGCCAGUGCAUGGUUUCUAGAGAGCAAGUGAAGCAGCUGGGGUUGGAAGAUUUAACUGAGUUUAUUUCGUUCUUGAACACCAAGAUAAAGGAGGUUGAAGCAAGAAGGAAAGCCCAAGGGGCUUCCCUUCCUCAAGACAUGGCGACUACAAAGUGA